AUGGGAAGAUGCGCGAGCCGACAUUUGAUUUUCCUACACCUUUGGGUGUGGGAUGCAACAGCGAAAAAAUGGAAAAGAAGGCAAAAUGGGAGGGCAGUUGGUAGGAUUUACUUCGCACAUCCUGCAAGUGGAGAACGGUUUUACAUGAGAAUGCUGCUUAAUUUUGUCAAAGGAAGCACUUCCUUUGAAAGCAUCAGAACAAUAAAUGGAGUACCGCACAAAACAUAUAAGGAGGCAUGCUACGCAUUAGGAUUAUUGGAGGAUGAUAAAGAGUGGAAUGACUGCUUGGCUGAAGCUGCGUGCUGGGCAUCAGGAAACGAGCUGAGAAAUCUCUUUGUGACGAUACUAAUUCACUGUCAAGUAUCUGAUUCAUACAAACUCUGGAGGACCAACUAUGGAAUUUUAUCAGAAGAUAUAAUAUCAUUACAACGGAAGAGAUUUCAAUUGAAAGAAUUACAGCUAACUGAAAAACAAGUUGAAGCAUACACAUUAUUUGAGAUUGAAAGCAUCCUACGAAAGAUGGGAAAAAGUUUAAAAGACAUAGAUGGGUUGCCACUUCCAGAUUCUGCUUUAAUGAAUGAGACAGGGAAUCGUCUAAUCAAUGAGGAGCUAGAUUAUGACAAAGGAGCUUUAAAGAAAGUGCAUGAUAAAUCAUUUGCCCUCUUAAAUGAUUGCCAAAAGUCGGCGUAUGAAGCAAUUCUAACAUCAGUUGAAAAAGAAGAAGGCCGUUUAUUUUUUAUAAAUGGACAUGGUGGAACCGGAAAGACAUUUCUAUGGAAUACAAUAAUUUCCAAGCUGAGAUCACAAUCAAAAAUAGUUCUCCCAGUUGCUACUUCGGGAAUAGCAGCUUUAUUAUUACCAAAUGGCAGGACUGCUCAUUCACGGUUUCAUAUUCCUUUGGACAUCAGUGCUGAAUCAACUUGUGAAAUAAGACAAGGCAGCCAGUUAGCUGAACUACUCUUAAAAACUUCUUUAAUCAUUUGGGAUGAAGCGCCAAUGGCAAAUAAAUUUUGUUUUGAAGCCUUAGACAGGACUCUGAGAGAUAUCCUCCGAGUGAAAUACGAAAACAGCUCUGACAAACCGUUUGGAGGUCUUACAGUCGUAUUUGGUGGUGAUUUUCGUCAAAUACUACCAGUAAUUCCAAAGGGUAGACGAGCUGAUAUUGUUGAUGCAUCGCUAAACUCCUCAUACUUGUGGCCAUUUUUAAGAAUAUACGAAUUGAAGCAUAAUAUGCGACUCCGCAAUGGAAGAGUAACUGAUUCUGAGGCAGCUGAAAUUGCAAAUUUCGACAAAUGGUUGUUACAAAUUGGAGAUGGAUCCUUUUAUGAUGAUACUGACAAUGAGCUUAUUAAAUUACCUCCCGAUAUAUGCAUCGCAUCAUCCAGCGAUCCAAUCGGAUCAAUUGUCAAGGCAGUUUACCCAUCACUCUUGCAGAAGUACAAUGACCCAACAUAUUUGAAAGAAAGAGCAAUACUAACGCCAAAAAACGAAAUGGUGCAUGAGUUGAAUGCCACAAUUAUGCAAAUGAUACCAGGUGAAGGAAGAACAUAUUUUAGCUCGGACAAUGUGUGUAAAGCAAGUGUGAACACUAAUGGCGAAGAUCUGUUGUACCCAACUGAAUUUUUGAAUAGCCUAAGAUUUCCGGGAAUCCCUAAUCAUGACAUACACUUAAAAGUAGGCACUCCAGUUAUGCUUCUCAGAAAUCUAAACCAAAGUGAAGGCCUAUGCAACGGAACAAGAUUGAUUGUCACACAUCUUGGUAAUUGGUCUGUUAGCGCAAAUAUCAUUUCGGGAAAGAACAUUGGCUCAAGAGUAACAAUUCCAAGAAUCAUUAUGUCUCCUAAUGAUUCAAAGUGGCCAUUUAAGCUUAAGAGACGGCAACUUCCUUUAGCUCCAUGUUUCGCCAUGACAAUUAAUAAAAGUCAAGGACAAUCCCUUAACCAUGUCGGAUUGUAUCUUCCGAAACAAGUAUUCACCCAUGGCCAGUUAUAUGUAGCUAUAUCCCGAGUAACAACAAGACAAGGAUUGACUAUACUGAAUGUUGAUGACGACAUAGAAGACACUAUGUUUAUUAAAAAUAUUGUCUACAAAGAAGUAUUCCAAAAUAUAUGUCCACCAGCUCAACACACAGAAGGCACAAGUAAAAAUGCAAACAUGUGCGAAGAGAAUAAGAGCUCCCAGGAGGAAGAAGGAAGAAGAGGACCUCCCCCUUUUAGGAUUACUACAAUGGAUGAAAUGAUUAAAGAUCAGGCACGUCAAAUUGGUUCAGAUAAUGGUGCAGAUGCAACUGCAGGAAAAAACGUAUCAAUAGAGGUGAUAGUAUGCAAAACUUGA